AUGUUGCCUUACAUCGACUUCGUGUUCGACUACCCAGCCCGGCUCACUGGCGCAUCUAUUGAUGAGUUGAAGCUGAUUGCCUCGUUCUUGCUCUCCUACCCACUGGCCGCCCUCUUGAAACGGAUUCCCGACGCUCAACCGUGGAAGAAGAAUGCCUUCAUUAUCGGUGUGUCGCUGUUCUACAUAAUCGGCCUGUUCGACCUCUGGGAUGGUCUACGCACGAUAUUGUAUGCCGCAGCGGGCACCUACGCGAUCGCUUACUAUUUGGAUGGAUCGCUCAUGCCCUGGUUCGGAUUCGUCUUUCUCAUGGGCCACAUGUCGAUUAGCCAUAUCUACCGCCAAAUCCUCGACGAUGCCCAGGUGGUGGACAUCACCGGUGCACAGAUGGUCCUCGUCAUGAAGCUCUCUUCUUUCUGCUGGAACAUCCAUGACGGGCGUCUUCCAUCGGAGCAGCUCUCGGAUGCGCAGAAGUACUCGGCUAUCACCGAAUUUCCGGGGAUAGUAGAUUUCCUAGGCUAUGUGUUAUUUUUCCCGUCGCUCUUCGCGGGUCCAUCGUUUGAGUAUGUCGACUACCGCCGCUGGAUCGACACCACGCUCUUCGAUAUCCCCCCUGGCACCGACCCGUCCAAAGUGCCGCCGACCCGCAAAAAGCGCAAGAUCCCCCGCAGCGGCACCCCGGCUGCAAUCAAGGCGUUUGUUGGACUGGGUUGGAUCUUUGCUUUUUUGCAGCUGGGCAGCAGGUACUCAGCAGACUUUAUACUCUCGGAUGCCUUCCUCAAAUAUUCGUUCCUUCGCCGUGUAUGGUUCGCACACAUGGUCGGAUUUGCAGCUCGUCUCAAGUAUUACGGCGUGUGGUCCCUGACCGAGGGUGCCUGUAUUCUGUCUGGCAUGGGGUAUAAUGGCUUCGAUCCGAAGUCUGGUAAGGUCUUCUGGAACCGGUUGGAGAACGUCGACCCCUGGAGCCUGGAAACCGCCCAGAACUCCCACGGAUACCUGGGGAGCUGGAACAAGAACACCAACCACUGGUUGCGCAACUAUGUGUAUCUGCGUGUUACGCCCAAGGGCAAGAAGCCCGGUUUCCGCGCCAGCAUGGCCACCUUUGCCACCAGUGCACUCUGGCACGGGUUUUACCCGGGAUACUAUUUGACCUUUGUGCUGGGAUCAUUCAUUCAGACUGUUGCAAAGAACUUCCGCCGCUAUGUCCGCCCCUUCUUCCGGACCCCAGACGGCACCCGCCCCAUGCCCAACAAGCGAUACUACGACAUUCUCAGCUGGCUCGCCACACAGCUGACCCUCUCCUUUACCGUGCUACCCUUCAUUCUACUGAGCUUCGGCGACUCCAUAACUGGCUGGUCGCGUGUCUACUUCUACGGCAUCGUCGGCACCGCCGUCUCCCUGGCAGUAUUCGCCUCCCCGGCCAAAGCCUACCUUAUUAGCCAGUUGAAGCGCCGCAACCGCCCUCACGUCCCGCGCACUGUCAGCCAGGAGUCCGUGCGACCUCCUACGCUGGGUCUGCCUAACGACCCGGAGCGCGACUUCGACGAGGCUGUCCAGGAAAUGAUGUCGGAAAUUGAGUCGCGCCGCAGGCGGGGCAGUGCCGUGACCAUGCCCACUGGUGAAGAGCUGAAGAUUGCUGUUGAGCAGCGAAUCGGCAGGAAGCUUUAG